AUGAUAAGUGUCAUUCUCAUAUCCCUGUUUUUGUUUCUUCUGAGUGCACAGUUCCUGAUUUUGCAAUGGAAGAGUCGUGGUUUUCCUCCUGGACCGACCCCAUUUCCCAUCAUUGGAAGCACGUGGUGGAUAAAGUUUAGAGCUGAUCAUGGGAGCCUGAGAAAGCUGGCAAAAACCUAUGGCAACAUCUGCACCCUGUGGUUGGGUCACAGACCUAUGGUGGUGCUCUAUGGGUUCCAAGCUGUGAAGAACGGUCUCACCACCAACUCAGAGGAUGUUUCCGGGCGACUACAGACCUAUGUCUUCAACAGAUUUGCAAAUGGAAAGGGUAUCUUGGUCUCAAAUGGUCUCAUCUGGAAACAACAGAGGCAUUUUGGAAUUGGAGCUCUCCGAAAACUGGGAAUGGGGAAUAAAGGAAUGGAGCGCGGGAUACAAACUGAGGCCCAUUACCUGGUCGAGUUCUUCAGAGACAAAGAUGGAAAAGCUGUUGACCCUUCCUUCCCCAUUGUCCAUGCUGUCUCUAAUGUGAUCUGUGCUGUGGUUUUUGGACAUCGCUUCUCCCUAGAGGAUGAAACCUUCCGUCAGCUGAUUGAAGCAUACAAUUCUAUUGUGGCUUUUGGGAACAGCCGCAUUUAUUAUAUGUGUGAACUUUUCCCCUGGGCUGCAGAACAUCUCUCAGGAUCUCUACAGAAAGCAAAAUUUUCACGGGAUUUUGUCCAUUCCUUUGUAAGGCAGGAAAUAAAAAGCCACAGGGAAAAAGGCAGAACAGGUGAACCAGAAGAUUUCAUUGACUUUUACCUGGAUCAUAUAGAGAAAACUAAAAAUAUCCCCAAUUCUACAUUUGAUGAAGACAACAUGGUGCAGUCUGUUUUUGACCUUUUCUUCGGUGGCUCAGAGACCACGGCCACCACUCUGCGCUGGGCUCUGCUUUAUAUGUUGGCUUAUCCUGACAUCCAAGAAAAAGUUCAGAAGGAGUUGGAUGCUGUUCUGAGUCCCUCCCAUCUCAUCUGCUAUGAGGAUCGGAAGAAGCUGCCGUAUACAAAUGCUGUGAUUCAUGAGAUCUUACGCUUCAGUAGCAUUGUUUUAAUCACAAUUCCUAGAGAAGCAGUGAGGGAUACAACUGUUUUGGGGUAUCGGCUUCCAAAGGGCACUCUAAUUAUUGCAAACAUAGACUCUACUCUUUUUGACCCUGACUACUGGGAGACCCCUCAUCAGUUCAACCCUGGUCAUUUCUUGGACAAGGAUGGAAAUUUUGUGACCCGAGAGGCCUUCUUAGCCUUCUCAGCAGGCCACCGUGUUUGUCUGGGAGAGGUGCUGGCCAAGAUGGAGCUUUUCAUCAUCUUCUGCAGGCUGUUGCAGACAUUCAAGUUCACUGCACCAGAAGGAGUUAAGGAAGUCAACACAGACUUUAUCUUUGGGAGCACCAUGAAACCCCAUCCAUAUAAGCUCUGCGCUGUUCUGCGCUAG